AUGGAAGACAAGGCUCUGGUCUCGGUAGAAUCUGUGCAAAAGAAAAGCAUGGUAGGUCUAAAGCUUGUCCAAACCCUCCUCAACAUGGAUUCCAAGUCUACCCAUACAGAAGGAGCCUUUCUAUUUCUCGCAGAAGACAACCGCAAAAACAAAGAGCUUAAGAUUUUUGAAACCCUCGCCAAAAGUUUCCUCAAUGAUGCUUUGGAUAAUUUGAUGAAAAAAAAUGUGGUGAAAUUAAAGGAAGAGAAAAAGAAAAACUAUUAUGAUGCCAAAAUUGAAGUCAAGGCCCUGUACUUGUUAGACUCUGUCGGAAAGAAGCAUGUAGCAGCUCAAAAGUUCAUCCAAAACGUCCUUACCAUCAUUCAAAAGGCCACCAAUCCAGAAGCUCUAGUGAAUAUUGUGGCUGGACCAGCUGAGUCAGCAGGAUCUACAGAUACCCUCAAACUUUGUCCUCAUGACGAAUUCCUGAGGCUGUGUAAAGAAAGAGCUGAAGAGAUCUAUCCAAUCAAGAAGAAAAAAGAUCGCACUCGCCUGGCUCUCAUCAUAUGCAAUACAGAGUUUAACACUCUCCUUCCAAGAUAUGGGGCUGACAUUGACAUUGCAGGGAUGAAGUGGCUACUUGAGGGCCUGGGCUACACUGUGGAUGUAAAAGAGAACCUCACAGCCAAGGGCAUGGAGACAGCGUUGUGGAAAUUUGCAGCCAGACCAGAGCAUCAGUCCUCAGACAGCACAUUCUUGGUGCUCAUGUCUCAUGGCAUCCUGGAUGGAAUUUGCGGAACGAUGCACAGUGAAGAGAAAUUGGAUGUGCUACCUUAUGACACCAUCUUCGAGAUAUUCAACAACCGCAACUGCCGUAGUCUAAUGAACAAACCCAAGGUCAUCAUUGUCCAGGCCUGCAGGGGUGAAAACUAUGGCGAAGUGUGGUUCAAAGACUCUCCAGGAACCUCGGUUGUCAGCUCUUCACGGUCACCUAGGAAACUGGAGAAUGAUGCGAUUUGCAAGAUCCAUGUGGAGAAGGACUUCAUUGAAUUCUGCUCCUCAACCCCACACAACGUGUCCUGGCGGGACUCCACCAAGGGCUGCAUCUUCAUCACAGAGCUCAUCACAUGCUUCCGGAAAUAUUCUUGGUGCUAUCACCUAGAGGAGAUAUUUCGCAAGGUACAACAAUCAUUUGAAACACCAAGUGCUAGAGCCCAGAUGCCCACCAUUGAACGAGUAUCCUUUUCAAGAUAUUUCUACCUCUUUCCCGGCCAUUGA